AGGACUCGGUCUCUGGUCCUCUUCUACACCCAAAACUCCACCAAACCGCGUUUCUCCUCCCUACCAAUGUCUCCUCCACCUUUUGGUCCCUUAAAACCAACAGCGCCCUCUUCUCCCCUAUCCUCUUUUAAUUUUCCCACCAUGAGAUUCAUUCCUUCAUCAUUUCCAUGGAUAAUUCUUCAUUUUCUUUCUUGAUUUUCCUCCUCUUCUUUUCUUUUCAUCCUUUCUACUCUGCUUCUUCAUUCCCCACUUUCUCAAUCUCUGAAACUUCAAACCAGACAUUAAUUUGCGCCUUGGUUCAGCCCUCUCGCUGCCGACAACCUUCUGUUAAUUGUUCCAGUUUCCCUUCAGGUUCAGGGAUUCAGACUCUGGAGAUUCCUUAUGUUUCUGGGAUUUCUGGGAUCAUAGGCGGAGAUGGGUUCUUUUGUACGUUGAGGUUUGGGUCAAUUAUUCGCUGUUGGAGAUUCUCCAAUAUGUCGUCCGCUGUGUCGCCCAAGGCCAAGAGAAUUCGCAGUGGUCCUCCCCUGACCCAACUUGAAGCUGGAAAUUCCCAUUUUUGUGGUCUUGUUAAUGGGACCAAUAACCUCCGGUGUUGGCAAUGGCCGGAAUUCAACAGGAGUUGGGUUCAGAGCUUUUCGAAUAUCACCGUUGGUGGAGAAUUUGUUUGUGGGUUAUUGGAAACUGGAGAAAUUAGAUGCAAAGGAAAUAUUAAUGGUUCUAUCGGAGAGUGGCCGAAGGGAAAUAAUUACAGAGUGAUUUCGGCAGGAUUAAGGCAUGCUUGUGUGAUUAAUUCAAGUGGCGAUUUGAAUUGUUGGGGAGAUAUAGAUAGGAUGGAUAAGGCUCCACAGGGGAAGUUCCUGGCAUUGGCUUUAGGGGAAAAUCGGAGCUGUGCCUUGAGGACUGAUGAAACGGUUGUUUGUUGGGGGCAGAAUAAUUUCACGUUACCGGAGAGUUUGCAGGAGACGUAUUUCCUUGCCAUUGAAGCAAAGAGAAGUGUUUUCUGCGGCGUAGUCAAGUCAAAUUACUCUCUGUUUUGUUGGGGUAAUGAGAUUUUCAACACCAGUUUCAUGGUGUUUUCCGAGAUAUUGCCGGGGUCAUGCAGGAAUCAAAGUCAAUGUCCCUGUGGCCCAUUGACAGGAUCAUCAGAGUUUUGCGGCAGCGGUCAAUCUAUCUGCCAAUCCUGUCCAGAACAUAUUCCACCGUGGCCAGUGGUGCCGCCAUCACCACAACCAUCAGCUUCCCCUGCACUGCGGCAAAGCAGCAGUGGUUGGAAUGGUAGAAUGCUAGCUUUCCUAGUAGUGGGAUGUGUAGGAUCCUCCUCUAUGCUGCUAGUUAUUGGGUUCUUUUUAUUUAGAUAUUGCAAAGGCAGAGGAUGUAGAGUCCAUGAUUCUGGACGCUUGGAUGAGGCCGGUGAUCUACCGGAAGAAGGUGGUGCUGGCCAGCCGCAACCACCACUGCCCCUGCCACCACCACCAGUUCUAGAAAAGCGUCUAAGCCAAUUGACUAGCAUAGGAACAUCCCACUUGGAGGAAUUCUCCAUACAGGUUUUGCUCCAAGCCACCAAUAAUUUCUCGGAUGAACACAAAAUUGGUUCAGGCAGCUUUGGCUCAGUCUACCAUGCAACGCUAGACGACGGUCGUGAAGUAGCAGUCAAGCGAGCUGAGCUGUCCGCCACUUCAUCCUACGCAUUCGGUAACAAGAGACAGGGUCAAGAGGACAAAGACCUUGCCUUCCUAAACGAGCUGGAAUCUCUGUGCCGUCUGCACCACAAGAACCUCGUGCGCCUCCUCGGAUUCUGUGAAGACUGCAACGAGCGCGUGCUUGUUUACGAGUACAUGAGUAACGGCACCCUCCAUGACCAUCUCCACAAGCUCGAUGACUCGCCAUUGAUGUCAUGGGUUGCCCGGAUCAAGGUCGCACUAGACGCAGCGAGGGGAAUUCAGUAUUUACACGAGUUUGCAGUUCCCCCAAUCAUUCACCGUGACAUAAAGUCAUCAAAUAUCCUACUUGAUGAAAUAUGGACUGCCAAGGUAUCCGAUUUUGGUCUAUCCUUGAUGGGUCCUAAGGAAGACGAGUCUCCCUUGUCACUUCGCGCAGCGGGCACGGUUGGCUACAUGGACCCUGAGUACUACAGGUUGCAACUAUUAACCUCGAAGAGUGAUGUCUACAGUUUUGGGGUCGUAUUGCUAGAAUUAUUGUCAGGGUAUAAGGCAAUUCACCGGAAUGAGAACGACGUUCCAAGGAAUGUGGUAGAUUAUGUGGUGCCAUAUAUCUUUAAAGAUGAAAUUCACAGAGUAUUGGACCAGAGGGUGCCACCACCAACACCAUUUGAAAUAGAAGCAGUGGCACAUGUAGGGUACAUUGCGGCAGAUUGUGUGACGCGAGAAGGCCGAGACAGGCCUUCUAUGUCUGUCAUUGUAAAUAGCUUAGAAAGAGCAUUACUUGCUUGUGUGGUACACCCUUCACUCUCUCGCUCCACAACAGGGCGAGAAUCAAUCCACUCUCUGUAAUUAAAGGAAAAAUUAUUUUUGUUCAUUCUUUUCGUUCAAAUGAAAAUACAUUUUUGAA